AUGAGUCCAUCACACAACACAAACAAUCCUCAAUCUAUUGGAUCAUCAGCUUCAAAACUAGCAAAAUCAGAAGUUGGUUCAUCCACACAAGAUCGACCUAAAACUACUCAUCCUUCUUUUGAUAUUAUCAAAAAUAAAUCAUUUGGUACUUUUAUGCAUGAGAUAUGGAUCAGAUAUCAAGGAGAAUUUGCAUUGUCUAUGUUAGAAACUUGGGAAGUGGUGAUGCUACAUAUUCUCCUGGUUCUACUCCUCUCAUUCUUCUACAUGGCAGUCCUUCGAUACUUUCCAUCACACGUCAAGGUUAUCGUCUCACGAGCAAAGUACUAUCUGUCAGGUCAAGAAUGA